CACUGGUCAUUUCUCGUUUUAUUCUCCCUUUUCUCAAACGGGAGCAAUCUGAGAUGAGAGGGAUGGGGCGAGUGUGCUCACCUUGGGCAACCGACGGCUGUGGGCCGUUGAAGGGAUGUUGUGCGUAUAAAGUGUGUCUGAGCCACUUUUUCAACGCCUCAGAGGUUUGCGAUUAUACUUUUGAGGCUAUCGUUCGCACUGGUCGUCGUUUUCUAAAAUCUUGCUUUCCAAUAUUCUUAAUGUCAAUUUUCCCCUAAACGCGCAAUCAUGUAUCCCUCGUCGCUCUUCCAAGCUCUUCUCCUCUCUGCAACGCUCGUCCCUAAUGUCUUUGCGCAAAGUAGUACCACCACGGAUCCUACGCAACGCGCUGAACUAGCCCUUUCCGCGCUGCAAAUCUGGUAUAAUGCCGGCAGCGGUCUUUGGAACACAUGCGGCUGGUGGAACAGCGCCAACGUCAUGACCAUGGUAUCCAACCUAGCGAAACAUGAUUCGGGCAAUGCUCAGUUGGUCAAUCUCGCUACCCGCAUCUUCGCGAAUACCAUCGUUCAAGCACCGGCCAAGAAUCCGCAACCGGGCGUGGAGAGCCAAAGCGCCACGAAGAGGAGUAAUGGGAAUGAGACAUAUGACCUUUUCAACUCUACUGGUAAAGAGAGCGGGUACUAUAAGAUGAUUGGCGAGGACGCCGAGCCCAUCACCAUCUUUCCAAAAGACUGGGACAAAGCGGAGUACAUCGACGUCAAGAACCUUCCCAUCAUGCAACCGAAAGAGCAAGUCACCACUGUCGCCGCAUCAAAUCCGAACGACUGGCUUGACGGCUUCUACGACGACGAUCUCUGGUGGGCACUAGGCUGGAUUGGCGCAUACGACGUCACAAAGGACACGCAAUACCUUACUCUAGCCGAAGGUAUCUUCAAGGCGGUGACCAAGGCCUGGCCAACAGCAUGCGGCAACGGAGGUAUCUGGUGGAGCUGGCAGAAGGACUACAUGAACGCAAUUGCAAACGAGCUUUUCCUCUCUACAGCGGCACAUCUAGCGAACCGAGUGCAGGAUUCGGAUAAGGCGUUCUACGUCGACUGGGCAAAGAGGGAGUUGGACUGGUUCACGAACAGCGGGAUGAUUAAUGAGAGGGGCACUAUCAACGACGGUCUGACAAAUGACUGCAAGAACAACAAUCGCACAACAUGGUCCUACAACCAAGGUGUUAUCUUAGGCGGCCUCGUGGAGCUCAACAAAGCCUCCCCCGACGCCACCUACCUCCCGCUCGCCGCGCGCAUCGCCAAAGCCGCCAUCUCCGAACUCUCCGACUCGGACGGUGUCAUGCACGACGCCUGCGGCCCGCUUUGCGGCGGCGACGCCUCGCAGUUCAAGGGCAUUUUCGCCCGCAAUCUCCAGAUCCUGCAUGACGCUGCGCCGGAUGCUGCGUAUGUGAAGAGCAUCCAAGCCAAUGCUGGCAGUAUCUGGGAUAACAAUCGCGAUGAGGGGAAUAUGCUAAGUAUUAAUUGGGCGGGGCCGUUUAUUGCGCCAGCGAAUGCGAGUACGCAUUCGAGUUCUAUGGAUGCGCUGGUUGCUGCUAUUAGCGUGAAUUGAAGAGGAUGAGGGGAUGGAGAGAGAAGGAUCGUCACGAUGUCAUGAUAAGUGGGAGUUCCUUGGUCGCGUUUGAUUGUAAUCUCUAAUGAUACCCCUGGUUUGCUUG